AUGGCGAGGCCGCCUCUCCCAGUUCUGGCGGCGCUGCUCUUCCUGUGUGCGCUCCCAGGACUGAGCCGGGCCGUGCAGGAGGAUGAAGGGACACACAGAGAGCCGCCGCUGCCGCAGAGACCGGAGCCGGUGGCCCGGGCUGAGAAAAUACCAAGUCUGCCUCCUGCUGUACAUGAUCAGAACAUAGAGUUUACUUCCACUGCUAACUUGGGGUUUAUCCAUGCCUUUGUAGCUGCUAUAUCUGUGAUCAUUGUUUCAGAGUUGGGCGAUAAGACCUUUUUUAUUGCCGCCAUAAUGGCAAUGCGUUAUAAUCGCCUGACUGUGCUGGCUGGAGCUAUGCUCGCUUUAGGACUGAUGACUUGUUUAUCGGUUCUGUUUGGAUAUGCUACCACAGUCAUCCCCAGGGUAUAUACAUACUAUGUGUCUACAGCACUCUUCGCAAUAUUUGGAAUUCGAAUGUUAAGGGAGGGAUUAAAGAUGAGUCCUGAUGAAGGACAGGAGGAGCUAGAGGAAGUACAAGCAGAAAUUAAAAGAAAAGAUGAAGAACUUCAGAGAUCUAAACUCCUGAACGGACCUGCAGAUGUGGAAACAGGAGGGGGGCCCAUUGUCCCCAAGAAGAGAUGGAUGCACUUCAUCUCUCCAAUCUUCGUCCAGGCAUUUACCUUGACCUUCUUGGCAGAGUGGGGGGAUCGAUCACAGCUAACAACCAUUGUCUUGGCAGCUAGAGAGGACCCUUUUGGUGUUGCUGUUGGAGGAACCAUAGGUCAUUGUUUAUGCACUGGAUUAGCGGUGAUUGGAGGCAGGAUGAUUGCACAAAAAAUUUCAGUGCGGACUGUGACAAUCAUCGGUGGAGUGGUGUUCUUGGCUUUUGCUUUCUCUGCUUUAUUUAUAAGUCCAGAGUCUGGUUUUUAG